AAGGUUUGUUGUCAUUGGUAACCAAACUAGCGUCCGGAGCGACCCAGAUGUGUGUUAGCUGUUACGUUAGCAAGCAAACUGUAUAAAAACAUCUGGUAACGUUAACAGAAAUAUUCAUAUCUACACUAUAACGACGAUAAUUACACAAACGAUGGACUCAAAUUCGUUAUAUUAUUCUUUGGACCUCGUUGCGGGUAACGGAUGUACUUUAAACGUUGAGCAAAGAACCGCCCUGCAAACUUCUUUGGUGAUCCUGAAGAAAAACUACAAGUUCCAGCGAGUCUUGUUUUGGGGCAAAAUUUUCGGAUUAAAGGAGGAUUAUUUUAUCGCCCAAGGGAGGGGAGAAGAUGAGAUGAAGGAUAAAAAGAAUCUGUACAGCUUCAACUGCAUGGACUGGUUCCUCCUCCCUCCUGCCACGCAGUCUAUGAUCGAGGAAGUGUCCAGAGCCGCAAAGGGUCGUUUCAUAGGUGACCCCUCAUAUGUGUAUGAGCAUCUUGAGAUCCAGAGGCAAGGAGAGGGGGAUGAGGCUGUAGAGGAGGAGGUAUUGACCAAAGUGAACGAGGAAAAGAGGCUGUCAGCGACAGUUCAUCAGAUCGAUGAGGAAGUGUCUGUGGUACCACGCAGCGCCUUCAUCAGAAAUCCACAUGGCCUUGUCCAGAUCAACCGCAGCUUUGGCGGUCUCUCUCACUCAGAAGCAGGAAAGCUCGACAAUUUCUUUCACUUCACUGAAUCAAAGAAUCUGAAGAAGAAAUCCAUCCUGGAGAUGGCUGAUUUGAACCCAGCCAUUGACUUCCUGGAUGUACUGAGUGAUGACAUUCCUAAAGGGUCAUGGAGUCUUCAGUUAGAAUGUGCCAGCAAAGUGUGUGUGAUUCGCAGCCUGCUGUGGCUCGGCCUGACCUUCUACCACGUGCCAAUGACGCCACAGCAUGGAUACAUCUACAUUGGUGAUGGGACCAAGAAUUUGGACCUUCCCUUCAUGCUAUAAAGACAUCUUAUUUCAAGCAACUAAUUUCUCAUUUUUCUCUAUUGUUCUCAUCAACAACAUAUUGCAGAAUUGAUUUGUCUCAUCCUAAAACAAAUAAAAGCGGUACAGUCAUACAAUA